AUGGUCGGAUUAGACGACGUAUGUGCCACGAACACUGCCCUAGUUCAGCGCCAGCCGUUGGUUGCUGUCUUCUUUGGUGGUACCUCAGGCAUUGGUCACUAUACCUUGCGUGCAUUGGCCACGGCGGAAGCCAAUGGUGGUAAAGGCUUUCGUGCAUAUAUCGUUGGCAGAAAUAUGAAAGCCGCCGAAGAGAUUAUUGCAGAAUGUCGUGGCAUCUGCCCCAAAGCCCAGAUCAGAUUCUUGCAGACUGAAGAUAUCUCGCUGAUUCAGAAUGUUAAUCGCGUCUGCGAAGAGAUUAUUCAGAUGGAAGAAAAGGAGCAACAAGACCCAAGGAUCGACUAUCUCAUGCUAAGUCAGGGAGGGCCUAUAUACCAGCCACGGAAAGGUGCAUUCGAAAUUAUUGGUUAUAACUGCAUUUCUGACAAUUUCGCAGACACGAAAGAAGGUAUCGACGUCACGAUGUCCUUGAUGUACUACUCUCGCAUGAGAGCGAUAACAAAGCUCCUUCCAUUGCUACUCAAAUCCACUCUCCCUGCAACAGUCGUUUCGGUUUUUGCCGCUGGUUACGAGCAAAAGCUAUUUCCCGACGACCUCUCUUUACGCGAUCUAAAUAACUAUAACUACUCUACGGCUCGCUCACAUAUGAUUUACAUGCAUGUGUGCUUCAUGGAAACCUUGGCUGAGCAAAAUCGUGGGAAGCUCAGUUUGAUACACAUCUUCCCUGGUCUCGUGUUGGGACCUGGGUUUGAAAAGCAUGACUUGCCUGCUUGGUUUAGAGUUCUGUGGCGUUACAUAUUUGUUCCCUUCUUCUCACCUUUCCUGACUGUUCCACCAUCCGAGAGUGGUGACAGGAUGCUGAGCCUGGCGUCGUCUCGUUAUCCGCCACGGGGGGCGACUCUUGCGCAGAACAAAGAGGAGACUACUGUGGGGACAGAUGGUGAGCCUGGAAGCGGUGCUUACUCUCUUGGCAAGAGCGGCGAUAGCAACUACAACGCCAAGUCCUAUGAGAAGAUCAACAAGGACGAACUGAGGCAGAAGGUGUGGAAUCAUACUAUGAGCGCUUUCGAGCUUAUCGAGGCAGGUGAAGUUUUUGCGGAUUGA